AUGGCAAAGCUUGCAACCACCCCCGAGACCACCGGCUCAGUCGACAAGACCUGUGCUUUGAUCGGCGAGGCAGCCAGAGGAGGUGCUCAGCUGCUGGCAUUUCCCGAGUGUUGGGUCACAGGAUAUCCUGCUUGGAUCUGCCGGUACAUAAAGAACUGCAUGCGUGCCGAUGGCCCAGAGAUGGCAAAAAUCCAGCAAUGCGCAGCCGACAACGAUAUCACCGUCGUCCUUGGGUUUUCGGAAAACUUCCACAACACUCUGUACAUCUCACAGGCCAUCAUUGACGCUAACGGAAAGCUGCUUGCGCUUCGGCGAAAGAUCAAAGCUACCCACAUGGAGAGAACAAUCUUUGGUGAUGCCUCUGGUGAUGCACUCACGAGUGUUGUCGAUACAAAGGUCGGCCGUGUCGGAGCACUCUCUUGCUGGGAACAUAUUCAGCCCCUGCUCAAGUAUUACCUGUACACCCACCGCGAGCAGAUACACGUCGCUGCAUGGCCGCCACUGCAUCCGCACAAGGGCGAGGAAUUGUGGUCCAUGUCGAGAGAAGGCGCCCGCUCAUUGUCCCAAACAUACGCGAUCGAAUCACAAGCCUUUGUCCUUCAUGCGACGUCGGUCAUCAGCGAACAAGGAAUCAGUCUCAUGAACACAGAGAACGGAGCUGUCAUGAAUAUCCCUGGGGGAGGCAGCUCUGCGAUAUUUGGACCUGAUGGGAGGAUUCUUACCGAGGACGUGCCCGAAUGCGAUGAGGGGAUCUUGUAUGCUACACUUGACUUGGAUGAGAUUCUACGGUGCAAGAGCUUUGUGGAUGUCUGCGGGCACUACAGUCGGCCGGAUAUGCUGUGGCUUGGGGUUGAUCGGGAGGUGAAGAAGCAUGUACAGUAG